AUGAAGGAAACGGCGGCGAACAUCGCCGCGUCGGCGCUGUCAGGAAUGGAGAAGACAAAGGCGGUGUUAGAAGAGAAGGUUGAGAAGAUAAGUACGAGUGAUCCAAUCGAAAAAGACAUGGCUACGUUACGGAAAGAAGACAGGAUCAGGCUGGCUGAGCUCCGGAAACAAGAGGCUUUUUCCCAAAACGCCGCCGCCGCUAGUGGUGGUCCUAAUAGUCCCACGUUCACUGCAGCUGGUCACGUUAACACUGAAAAGAACCCUUUUCAGAAACCAACUGGUGGAGUUAAAAACACAGAUAAACCGGUGGCGGUGCAGCAGAGCCACGGUGCAACCCUAGAAAAAGCAACGCCAGCGGUGCAACCUGCAAUGUCGACCUAG